CACAUGGUGCAGAGUCUUUCCACCCCUACACUCCAAAAACCCAAUCAGACAAGUGGCCGUAAUCUGACUCCCAGUGCACUGGGAGCUGCAGGGCAGGCAAUGAGAGCCUCACUCUGGCCAGGGAAGGCAUGAGUGGCAGACCCGCAGCAAGGCAGUGGGGUAAGUGUGGACAAUUGUGUAGAAGAGAGAGCAUCAUGGUGGCCUUCAGAGGGGUCUGGACUCAAGCUUUCUGGAAGGCAGUCACAGCAGAAUUUCUGGCUAUGCUCAUCUUUGUGCUCCUCAGCCUGGGAUCUACCAUCAACUGGGGGGGAACGGAAAAGCCCCUACCUGUGGACAUGGUUCUCAUCUCCCUCUGCUUUGGACUCAGCAUUGCAACUAUGGUGCAGUGCUUCGGCCACAUCAGCGGCGGCCACAUCAACCCUGCUGUGACAGUGGCCAUGGUGUGCACUAGGAAGAUUAGCAUCGCCAAGUCUGUCUUCUAUGUCACGGCCCAGUGCCUGGGCGCCAUCAUCGGAGCUGGGAUUCUCUACCUCGUCACACCUCCCAGUGUGGUGGGGGGCUUGGGGGUCACCACGGUUCAUGGAAAUCUUAAUGCUGGUCACGGUCUCCUGGUGGAGUUGAUAAUCACAUUUCAGUUGGUGUUUACUAUUUUUGCCAGCUGUGAUUCCAAACGGACUGAUGUCACUGGUUCAGUAGCUUUAGCAAUUGGAUUUUCUGUUGCAAUUGGACAUUUAUUUGCGAUCAAUUACACCGGUGCCAGCAUGAAUCCUGCCCGAUCCUUUGGACCUGCAGUUAUCAUGGGAAAUUGGGAAAACCACUGGAUAUAUUGGGUUGGACCAAUAAUAGGAGCUGUCCUCGCUGGUGGCCUUUACGAGUAUGUCUUCUGUCCAGAUGUUGAACUCAAACGUCGUUUGAAAGAAGCCUUCAGCAAAGCUGCCCAGCAAACAAAGGGGAGCUACAUGGAAGUGGAGGACAACAGGAGUCAGGUAGAGACUGACGACUUGAUCUUAAAACCUGGAGUGGUGCACGUGAUUGACAUUGACCGGAGCGAGGAGAAGAAGGGGAAAGACCCGUCGGGUGAGGUGUUGUCUUCUGUAUGACUAGAAGAUGGCACUGAAAGCAGACGUGAACCCUCAGAACUGUCCUCAGAUUUCCUUCCACCCAUUAAGGAAACAGAUUUGUUAUAAAUUAGCCAUGCACAGGGUUGUUUUUUCAUGUCUUAUUAUUUAGGCUACACAAGAAAUAUUUCUUUGUCCUACCAAGGAGGAAUGGAAGAAACCUAUUGUGAAUUCCAAAUCUAAAAAAGAAGUCUUCUUAAAGUGUCCCCAAAGCAAAUAUGAAUCUAGUUUAUCCUGCUGCCAUUCAUUAAUAAUCAAUUUAAAAUGUGUAUCAAGAUUUGGUUAAGUCUUGCCUGGCAGAACUUAGAGACAUACCUAUCAGUUUAUUCCUCCUCAACCAUGAUCCUGGGAUUGUCAAUCCUCAUUUGAGUAUUUAUUCCAUUGAGUCAAAUUUUUCAAUGGCAAGGGACAGUAUGUCACAAAGUCACGCACAUUCAACAGAGGAAAUAUAAGAAGCUCUUUUAUGGGCAGUCCCUUAUUAUAAACUACCUCGGCAA